GAUGAUUGGUCAGUUUGCAGGCAGGUCAAAACGGCAACACAUCGCUCGAUCGGCGUCUGCCACACUUGUCUGCCGCUUCGAAGCGGAGCGCGCGAUCCUUCCAGCCUGGUAUUUUUCGUGUUUAAUCCGCGGCGAUCGGUACGCACAUGUAUAAGAGAUCGUUCAUUCCAACGGCGUAGUAUAUAAUUUCAAAAAAUAGGAGAACACAAACGACGUGGUAACCCAAACAAGAUUCGAGUUAGAACCUGUGUUGCGAAUUCCGGAGUUCACACUUGCACCGCGAGCAUUGCUUUUCAAACGAACGCAGGAUGACGCAGCGCGCAGGGCGCCCGGGUGUUUUGACAUUUGUGACAUAUAGUUAUAUUUUAUUACUGUGAUAUCAACAAUAGUGCUUUGGGAAAUUCUCAAACGACAGUGCUCGUGACGGUGAAUGACGAGGAAAGUACCAUCUGAGAGCAGCGCGGCACAAACGAGCAACGAGAAUGCCGACAGAUGUGACCGGGGGCCCAGGACUCGCAGUAGUGGCAGGGGAUGUUCUUACCCUGCGAGGCACAGGACUUGCUGCUGCAGAAACGUGGGCUCUCCUCUGCCAAGCAGCCCAGGCCCUCCAGGAUCUUUUUCUCUCAAAUGGAGGUGUGGUGGGUGGUUCGAGAGCAGGACCAGUGGUGACUCCACAUACGCUGGAACUGACACUACGUGGUAGGGUUUUGCUGCAGCUCGCACCGCCGGAAACUGCUCGAGCGUACCUGCCACCAGAGUAUCGACCCGGCCGCGUAUAUUCGGACACGGAUUCGGAAAAAAUGUGGAUGUAUUCUUUAGGCAGGGCAUUAUUGGACACGACUCCCAGAGCAACGGCGUUAACGGGGACCGUUUCCGUUUCACCCUCUUCCGCUUUACAAUCAGUGUUGGCUGCCAUGACGGAGCCUGAUCCUCGUAGACGUGCCUCCUUGAUGAAUUUACUCGACGUAAUAUCCGAAUAUUGUCGGACACGUCUACAAGCAAGGCCCUUCACUCACAUAGUGAUGGAGAUGUAUCGAGAGGUUGUGAGAUCGCCGCAAUACGCCGCGCGGAAACGAGCAAUGCAGCUGAAUGCCCUGUGUCCUACACGGAACAUGGUUGAAAAAUUGAACCAACAGAAAAUCUACGGGCAUCAUCAUCAUCCACAACAACAGCAACAAGACUACGUCCAAGUUGUGAAUGGUCAACCGCCAUCUAUUCAACAUCAGACUCGUGUUGGGCAAUAUUUGUCGAAUCAAUUAGCUGUUCAGCAACGACAGCAACAACAACACGAUCACAUUCAACGUCAGGUUAAUCAAUUUCGGUCGCUUCAUCAGCAACAGGAUUAUCCACAGCAGCCACCAAAGGGUCAGCAGGAUCAUCGUAGUCAUCAUUACAAUCAUCAACACGCGAAAGGGUCGCAUUUCAGGACACAAUCACGCAAUUCCCAGUCACAUCCCAAUUUGACUAGCUUGUGCGAUUCACAGCAGCAGCAGCAGCAACAACAGCAACAACAGCAGCAGCAGCAACAGCUAUAUCGGGAUACUGCCCUCAGCGGUUACAGAGCGCACUUUCAAUCGCAGCUGGAUAUCCAAAGCGGCAGCCGAUCGAUAGGACCAGCGACGACACGUCGGGUGCAUCAUCACUCGAGGACGUACUCGCAGCCGGUUUAUACGCGGCUUCAACAUACCAGGAGUAGUGGCAAUCUGCCGAUGACGACGAGCGCGAUGGUCGACAGUAAUCCCGACGGGAAUGUUUACAACGACCCGAUAUAUGCCCUGCCGGUUAAACCCUUCCUGAGCUCCCAGGAUGUGCGAGUCAAUGGAUUGUCUGCGAAACCUUCUGCGAUCUGUCACGGAGACGAGGUUUAUGGAUCAUCAUCGAUAAACAGGCAUCCUUCAAAUACUGGUCAUUCCCAACCCGAUGUAACUUCUCAACCAAAUGAACGUCUUCACGAAGAUACAUAUGGACGAACACCUCCGGGAAGAAUGCUUUUGCAAAGGCAACACUCGAAUCCACAACUGCCGAGUAGAACGCAAACUGACGAAGAUUUUAAGCGAUUGUCACAGCCGAGCGUAGCAACGACCGAAUCUAGAUGUGUCGACAUUGCGCAAAAAGGACAGACGAUACGGCAGCAAAAAUUAGCAACUACCAUGAGACUCAGAGGACUACAAGGACCCCCGAAACCACCUCGAAUUAUCACUACCUUGAGAAAAACCGCUCUCUCCGAUUCGGAAUGUAAUAGCCACACAGAACCGCCAGCAAAGCCUCCCAGAAUCAUGGUGAGGAACGGGCCAAGAGCUCGACGAGGAAAAGCAGUUCAAAGAGCACCAUCGCGCUUAUACAGAACGGUGGGUGGACCCACCAGGUGUUUCAAUAAGGCGCAAUGUGUUGGUCCUGAAUUUGUAGUUCGUGCCAAUCAACCCCCGAAAACAUUAUGCGUGGGACAAGUUAAGGCGGGUAACUCUGGCCGGAUAGUUGUAAUAAUGCUAACAGGACAACGCGUGGAAGUAACCUGUGAUCCUCAGAAGGUUACUGCCGGAGAUUUAUUUCAGGCUAUUGUUCAAGCGGAAAGCCUCGAUGAAAACUUCACUCUAGGAUUGGCCGUACUACUGGCCGGGGAUUUCGCGAUGUUACCACCCGACACAAAAUUAAAUAAAGUCGCACCACCGGGAUGGUUAAGCAGCGGUAAAAGCAAAGGUUUGCUGGGUCUACCGACUAGUUUCAUGCUGUACCUGCGACUCCGAUUCUUCCUACCAUCUCUUCGUGGUACCAGGAGUUGGAUAUCGAAGCAUUUGCUAUAUCUACAAAUAAGGCGAUGUAUACUGGAACAGCAGCUGGUAUGCCCAUAUUCCGAAUUAAUCAAUUUGACGGGCCUCGCACUUCAAGCUGAAUUCGGGAAUUACAACGCCAAUGAGCAUGGCUGUGGAGAUUACUUCCUCCUUGAGCACUACGUGCCAGAGUCUUUGAUAUUGAACGCGGACCGACAUCAAUCGCAACCCUGCGUCGACGCCGAUACACUUCGGGCGCAACUACAUCGCGCUCACCGCGACCGCCGUGGCUUGGACUCGAACAAAGCCGAGGAGAUGUUCAUAACUCACGCGCAGUCCCUGCCGGAUUACGGUUCGCACUACUACAUUGCUACAGUAGACUCGAAGGAGUUAGAGAAACUGAUAACGCGGCAGAGAAAGGGGAAGAGUACCGUGUCCGACAACCGUGAUGCUGUGUCGUCACUCGACGGUGCAGGAAAAGCUCAUCGCAAGGAGAAACCUGCUCGAGAUAUUUGUUCCACUUAUGGCAGAAUCGGAAUCUCGCGGUUAAACUCCCGCGAGAAUAUGCCGAUGAUACCCUAUUCGGACGAGCACGUGAAGAACGCGGAUUUAUGCCGCGACGAAACACGCAAUAACAACAAUAAAAAUAACAAUAACAACAUUAAUAGUGUUAACAGUAAUAACAGCAAAAAUAGUAAAAGCAGCAAGAAAAAGACAGAGAGCAAUGUGUGGCUAGCGAUACAUUCUCAAGGGUUGAAGUUGCUGGAGCGAGGGGGCGAGCCAAGGGAAAGAACGGAAUUGGCCCAUUUUCAGUGGCGAGACGUGCAGACAUUGAGUUACAGCAAGAGCUGUCUGGUGGUAUACAGCAAGCUGAAUGGGAAACGCUGCAAGUUCAAACUACGGAUGGAUCAUCGAAAAAGUUACUUCGCCUUCAAGCUCACAUCCCUGCAUCAUCAGUUCUUCCUCAGACUUCGUUCGGAGCUCACGUCACUUCAAGGCCUCGCUAAAGAAUUUGGAGUACCCCUGACGGAAGUAAAACCUACACCAUUAAAACCCAAGAGCCUCGAUAGUAAAACUAAGAUAACAAUCGCGAGCGUGGUUAAAGUACAGCAGAGAAUAAAUUAUCCGAUGCAAUUAGAGGAAUACCAAAAUAAGGAGAAUGAAAAUCCUCAGAAAGACCCAAUUGUAGUGACGGCAACGAAGGACGCUGGUCGCGAACCCGCCUUUUAUUCAUCCGAAGAGGAUGCUCUUUAUGCACAAGUAAACGUGCGAUUAGAACCAGAAGGUCAAUCGCGAGACACAGAGGAUGAAUCAGAGAGAGGUUUAAUCAUACCGCACAAGAUUUUGUUGGAACCCAAAGAAACAAAAUCGGAGCAUGAUAAACUCUACGGCUGUUCCGGUUUAGACAGCGAGGCUGAAACCGAAUGUACAUAUUCGCUUCCAAAAGUUAUGUCAAACAACAUUAAUCAGCUAGAUAAACCUAACAAUCCUGAAGAACUAUACGCCGCUAUUAAUAAAGUUCGACUAUCAGGAAAGAAGGAGUUCCCUGUUCCGGACGAAGUUUGGAAUGUGUCAGACAUUAAAAAAACAUUGCAAAAGAUGAAAGCUUCUAGCUUACCGAAUUAUGGUGCAUCGAAGCAAUCGAGUGGUCUUCGUACACCUAGCUUGCCGCGUCGAUUGGGUGUGAAAAUGGGUACGCGAGCGAUUUACAGCAGUUUAGUUCAGAAAGAUACCGCGCUUACCGACGAUACGGAAUCACUGUCUCUAAAGUCUGAUACCGAAUCGUCUAUUCAAUCACUAUCAGCACGAUCUACCGAAUCACCCAUGCCGGAAGCAUACGUGUUGAAUGCUGAUAUACGAACUGACGACGAAACUUUCCGGAUUCCUGAAGACGAAUCGAUAUCUGCAUCUUUAAUGGCUCGUUUAGAAGAGCUGUCAUUCGCCGAAGAACGAAUUUUGCAUACGAUCAAAUUGGAACGCGGCCACGGUGGUAGCAUAGGUUUGCAAGUAAUGGAGGGUAAUAACGGUGGCGUUUAUGUUCAAGCAGUUUCCGUUGGCGGAUCAGCCGAUAUGGCCGGAAACGUAAACAAAGGUGACCGAAUUGUAGCAAUAAAUGGACAGAAUCUACUGAACCUUCGCUAUGAAGAUGCUCUGAAGAUGCUGCAGAGCUCGUCCGAAACGGUUGAGUUGGUUCUUUCGCAGCCUGCUAUUCGAAAAAACUUAGAAACGAGAAACGACCAAGACCAGGGCUCUGUAGAGAACAAUUACUUACAUGAUAUCAAAUUCGACGUGUCAUCAGAAGCAGAAACGUCCAGCAUGAUGAACAAGUGGAUCGUUCAGAAAACCACGGAUGUAGCGUCGGUGCAGAACACUUCAAGCGCAUAUAGUAGUGCCGCAUCCAGCGCUAUGGGCAAUCACAAUAAUACCAACAGCCUGUACAUGACUGAUCUCGUUGACAAUAACGCACUAAAAUCUGCCAGUAUGUUGCUAUCUAUAGAAGAUUUCGACAUCAGUAGGACAAGUCGCCAAGUUUUUAUUUAGAUAACGGAAAUUCGACUGAACCACCUGUGCCACCGCGACGAACGAAACGUAAAAUCAAGAUUGCGCCGAUCGAAU